UGCGAUCUUCUCUGUUCUGUCAGUAAGUCCUAGAAAGAUCCAAAUUCGAGCCUAUUCUAAGAAGCAGAUGACGUUAUUUGACAGGGUGCCCAAAAUCCUUAAUGAGUAACUUAGCAAGAGGAGAAGGCAAAUGCUGCCCCAGCUGUUUCCUGUUGAAAAUGUCUCUGUAAUGUAGAUAAAUGUGAGGGAUUUUCUCUCCAAAUCCGUCUCCUGUUCGCUAAAUCUCACUUCUCCACAACGAGCCUGCGCAAUGGAACAAAGUCGGAAUAUUGAGAUGUGACAUUGCCCGCAUCUCAUCCUCUUUCUCGCUUUUUAAUGACUUCAAACAAGUUCAUUUUUGCUGGGCUUUUGCUGGAGACCCAAGGGGAUGUCUAGCGGUCAUUUCUUCCAGGGGCAUUGGUGUGAUGUCUUUAAGUGUACCAUGCGCUGUCUCUCGUGCACCCACACCCUCUCACUGGUGCUGUGCGUCCUCGCGUUGACUCCCGCGACACUGGAGGCGGGGCCGGAGACGCUGUGCGGGGCGGAGCUUGUAGACACGCUGCAGUUUGUGUGUGGAGACAGGGGCUUUUAUUUCAACAAACCGACAGGAUACGGGCCUAGUUCGAGACGGUCGCACAACCGCGGCAUUGUGGACGAAUGCUGCUUUCAGAGCUGCGAGCUGAGGCGCCUCGAGAUGUAUUGUGCGCCCGUAAAGCCGGGCAAAAGUCCACGAUCCCUACGAGCGCAACGGCACACAGACAGUCCCAGGACGGCAAAGAAGCCUAUAUCUGGACAUGGUCACUCUUCUUGUAAGGAGGUUCAUCAGAAGAACUCGAGCCGAGGAAACACGGGGGGCAGAAACUAUCGCAUGUAGAGGACAGUGGGGCGAACGGCUGAGAGAGACAAGUGAAACUGUCGGACAGCGGGAAAAGCGGGAGGAAAGAAAGACUGUGGUCGUUCAGGGACGUGCUCCACUGUAAAAAAAAACAUAACAACCCCCCCCCAAAAAACAAACAAACAAAAAAAAAAAAACUAAAAAUACUAAAAAUACCAUUUAAAAAACAAGAAGAUACUGGAUACUGUUAAAGCCCCAUGUUAGGACAAACUAAAUCUGACGAGCUCCAUACACUGCACCAUUUCAUACUGGGGGAAAAUACUAAAUUAGCUGCUAAAAAAAAAGUCAAAUGAUAACUGUUUAUCCUCCUCGUGUGAACGGUUGCACCUAACGGGAGCCCGAAGGUUUUUAUAGUGGCAAAAUAUUCACUUUUGCGGGCACAGAAAGGAGUGAGAUCAUGGACCGCGUUGACAAGAAAGGCUGUCUAGACCGCUUGGAACCCUUGCAAAACCGAACUACGGCUGCACAGAGGGAUGACGUAUAAAAUACAAAUCAGUCUUUUCUUAUUUGAAUUAUUGUGCAAGACCAGAUCAAGGGGGAUUAUACAAAAGCCUUAUGCAGAUGUGCUGAGGUGCUCUAGAGAACACAUUUAGGAUUGAUGGAACACGACCUACAUCCUGCAAAACACCUUGUGUGUGUGUUUGUUUUUUAUUUUUGAUUGUGUGUGAGGGGUCUUUGCUUCUUUUUUUUUUUUUAUAUUUUUAACUGCAUGGUUUACCUUCUUUAGAAAACGGGAGGUGAAAGCCAUUCACUGAAACAGUUAUCCGCAUGCAUUUACACCAGUGUAUCAGCACGCACGGGAAAGACAGAGGGAUGACAACAGAAACCACAACAGACGCAGAAAAUGACUAGCAAUUGUAACAUAUACCAUACAUAAUCUGGUUUAGCAGCCACUGUUUAUCAAGUAGGAAGGUUUGCAUCUUUACAGCGAAAGACUGGUGACACGACUGCAACUAACUAGCUGUAUUAAAGGGAUAUUUCACCCAA